GGAGGACGGCGGUCGUACGCCCUGCCGUUGCCGUCGCCGUCGCCGGUGUCGUUGCCGGUCUGGAGUUGUCGCUUCUCGCGUCGUCAUGACAGUGCGGGCGUGCGCGAGCGGCCGCGCCACCGCCAGGUAUCCGCGGGGCUGAACCCUGCCCGAUCUGUGCGUCAGUGGGACUACAAGAGCGAUAGCGCUAUUAUUGCGGUUAUCGGGUUAUCGCGAUAGUGCGCGCGCGAGUGUCCAGUGUGUGUGUGAACCUGUGUUAUUGUGCUUCCCGCGGCCAGUCGUGGCCGCCCCAGUGUCUGCAUGCGGCUGCGGUGUGCAUGAGGGCGUGAGUGCGACGUGUUGUGUCAAGUGCCAGUGACGUGUGUCGUGUGUGACGUCGCGACGCCAGGUGCAGUGUGCGUCCUCGUCGUCGGCCAUGUCGCCGCCAGUGGGAUUACUUCCUCGCCGGCUCCGCCCCCCGUGGCUGCACGCCGGGGUGCUGGUGCUCGUCCUGGUCCUGCUGCCCGCCGCCUACAGCCUCGUGGACGAGAGAGUAUGCAUCGGCACGAACGGGCGCAUGUCGGUGCCGUCGAACCGCGAGCACCACUACCGCAACCUGCGCGACCGGUACACCAACUGCACCUACGUGGACGGCAACCUGGAGCUGACCUGGCUCCAGGACGAGAGCUUCGACCUGAGCUUCCUGCAGUACAUCCGCGAGGUGACCGGCUACGUGCUCAUCUCGCACGUGGACGUGCGGCGCAUCGUGCUGCCCCGCCUGCAGAUCAUCCGCGGCCGGACCACCUUCAAGGUCAACAUCAACGAGGAGGAGUUCGCGCUGUUCGUGACGCUGUCCAAGAUGCACACGCUGGAGAUGCCGGCGCUGCGAGAUAUUCUAAGCGGCAGCGUGGGCAUGUUCAACAACUACAACUUGUGCCACAUUCGGACCAUCAACUGGGAUGAGAUUAUCACGGGACACAACGCCAAGUACACCUACGUGUACAACUUCACGUCGCCGGAGCGAGAGUGCCCCGUCUGCCACGCCAACUGUACCGCCGGAUGUUGGGGAGAGGGCGUGGAGAACUGCCAGCAGUUUUCCAAGACCAACUGCAGCCCGCAGUGCUGGCAGGGCCGCUGCUUUGGACCGGAGCCGCGGCAGUGUUGCCACCUCUUCUGUGCCGGAGGCUGCACCGGCCCCAAGCAGAGCGAUUGUCUGGCGUGCCGGAACUUCUACGACGACGGCGUCUGCACCCAGGAGUGCCCCGCCAUGCAAAUGUACAACCCGGUCAAGUACUCGUGGGAGACGAACCCCAACGGCAAGUACGCCUACGGCGCGACCUGCGUCAAGAACUGCCCGGAGCAUCUCCUCAAGGACCAAGGCGCCUGCGUGCGGAGCUGCCCGCCGUCCAAGAAGGCCGUGAACGGCGAGUGCGUGCCGUGCGGAGGUCCGUGCCCCAAGACGUGCGAGGGAGUGCAGACCGUGCACGCCGGCAACAUCGACUCCUUCCAGGGCUGCACCAUCAUCGAGGGCUCGCUGACCAUCCUGGACCAGUCGUUCAAGGGCUUCCAGAUGGUGUACUCCAACUACAGCUUCGGCCCGCACUACCCCAUGAUGCACCCGGACAGGCUCGAGGUGUUCAGCACGCUCAAGGAGGUGACGGGCUACGUCAACAUUCAAGGAUACCACGAGGACUUCACCAACCUGUCGUACUUCCGCAACCUGGAGGUGAUCGGGGGCCGAGCGCUCACCGAGUACUUCGCCUCGCUGUACAUCGUCAAGACGUCGCUGCGCUCCCUGGGGCUGCGGUCGCUGCAGAAGGUGCACUCGGGCUCCAUCGCCAUCCUGGAGAACAAGAACCUGUGCUUCGCGCAGGGCGUGGACUGGAAGCGCAUCAAGAAGUCCCACGAGCACAACACGCUGCUGCAGAACAACAAGAAGGAGGAGGAGUGCAUCGCGGACGGCCUGGUGUGCGACAAGCAGUGCUCGACGGAAGGGUGCUGGGGCCCCGGCCCCACCAACUGCCUGUCGUGCGCCAAGUUCCAGUUCCAGGACCGCUGCCUGCCGGACUGCGACACCAUCGGCGGCAUGUACCGCGCCAGCAUGGGGCUGUGCAAGCAGUGCCACGAGGAGUGCGACUCGACGUGCCGCGGGCCCGGGCCGGGCAACUGCACGCGCUGCCGCAACGUCCGCGACGGCCCCUUCUGCACGGGCACCUGCCCCACCAGCAAGUACGCCGAGGACGGCGAGUGCAAGCCGUGCCACGCCAACUGCGUGUACGGCUGCAGCGGCCCGGAGAACACCAUCGGGCCCACGGGGUGCACGUCCUGCGAGAAGGCCAUCAUCAACGGCGACGUGACGGUGGAGCGCUGCCUGCAGAAGAACGAGUCCUGCCCGGACGGCUACUACUACGAGUGGGUCGGGCCGCAGGAGCAGGGCCCGCUCAAGCCGCUGGCCGGCAAGGCCAUCUGCCGCAAGUGCCACCCGCGCUGCAAGAAGUGCACGGGCUACGGCUUCCACGAGCAGGUGUGCCAGGAGUGCACCAAGUUCAAGCGCGGCGAGCAGUGCGAGGACGAGUGCCUGCAGGACCACUUCGCCGUCAACGGGUCGCAGGAGUGCGUUCCGUGCCACCCCGAGUGCCGCGGCUGCCGCGGGCCCCAGGCCUCCGACUGCUUCAACUGCCGCAACUACAAGAUCUACCGCGGCGGCGGCCAGCCCGGCGACAACACCACCACCUUCAACUGCACCGCCACCUGCCCGUCCGAGAUGCCGCACAAGAUCUUCCCCCAGGACAACCGCGGACCCUACUGCUCGUCCGAGCCCGUGGGCCUGCCCAGCGUGGAGCUCUCCGAGAACCCGUCGCUGCACAUCCUGGUGGGCUCGCUCGUCUUCAUCUUCCUGAUGGCCGUGGUGGUCGUGGGCUCGGCGCUGUUCUACGUGCGCAAGCGCGCCAAGGCCAAGGAGAACGCCGUCAAGAUGACGAUGGUGCUGACGGGGCUGGACGACAACGAGCCGCUGCGGCCCGGCGCCAAGCCCAACCUGGCCAAGCUGCGCAUCAUCAAGGAGGCCGAGAUGCGCAAGGGCGGCGUGCUGGGCUACGGCGCGUUCGGCACCGUGUACAAGGGCGUGUGGGUGCCCGAAGGCGAGAACAUCAAGAUCCCCGUGGCCAUCAAGGUGCUCCGCGAGGGCACCGGCGCCAGCAGCAACAAGGACUUCCUGGAGGAGGCGUACAUCAUGGCCAGCGUGGAGCACCCCAACCUGCUGCAGCUGCUGGCGGUGUGCAUGACGUCCCAGAUGAUGCUGGUCACGCAGCUCAUGCCGCUGGGCUGCCUGCUGGACUACGUGCGCGCGCACCGGGACCGCAUCGGCUCCAAGGCGCUGCUCAACUGGUGCACGCAGAUCGCCCGCGGCAUGGCCUACUUGGAGGAGCGGCGUCUGGUGCACCGGGACCUGGCGGCGCGCAACGUGCUGGUGCAGACGCCGCAGUGCGUCAAGAUCACCGACUUCGGCCUGGCCAAGCUGCUCGACAUCAACGAGGACGAGUACAAGGCGGCGGGCGGCAAGAUGCCCAUCAAGUGGCUGGCGCUCGAGUGCAUCCAGCACCGAGUGUUCACGCACAAGAGCGACGUGUGGGCGUUCGGCGUCACCAUCUGGGAGCUGCUGACCUACGGCGGCCGGCCCUACGAGAACGUGCCGGCGAGGGACGUGCCCGAGCUGCUCGAGAAGGGCGAGCGCCUGUGCCAGCCCCUCAUCUGCACCAUCGACGUGUACAUGAUGAUGAUCAAGUGCUGGAUGCUGGACGCGGAGACGCGGCCCAGCUUCAAGGAGCUGUCCGACGAGUUCUCCAAGAUGGCGCGUGACCCGGGCCGGUACCUGGUCAUCCAGAGGGACCACCUCAUGCGCCUACCGAACUACUCGUCCAGCGAGGCCAAGGACGACAUGAUCCGGUCGCUGUCGUCGGGCAUCGAGGGGCCCGAGGCCCUGGUGGACGCCGACGAGUACCUGACGCCCAAGUCGCGGGGGCCCGUACCAGUGCUGGGUCCGCUGGUGCCCGGAGGUCCUACCUCCAUCACCACGACGACCACCACCACGUCCACGUCGUCCAACAGUCCGCCGCGGACACCGAGCGCCAAGGGCUGGCCCGGCGGCGUCAACCCCAUCGCGCAGCUGUCUUCCGACUCGCCGACGCCGCAGAACCAGAGGAACUGGGAGCUGCUGAGGUACGCGGCGGGCAUGUCUGGUCACCAGCUGGCCACGGCGGCGGCCCUGGUGGCUCGCCAGCAACAGCAGCAGGGCUACGCCGGCCACCCCGACAUGCAGAGGAGGAUGCACUUCGCGCAGGGACUCCAGGAGGCGCUGGCCGCCUACGGCGCCGAGCAGCUCAAGCAAAGAGAAAACGCCGGCAGUGCCAUGGAGGAGGACUGCUGCGACACGGGGGCUUCGAAACGGGAGGCACAGGUCGGCUCGCUCAAGCUGGACCUUCCGCUGGACGAGGACGACUACCUGAUGCCGUCGCCGCAGACGUCGCAAGGUCAGGGCACGUACAUGGACCUCAUCGGGGACCCGUCCAAGAUGUCUGGAGAAAACGGCGAGGCCAGAAACGGUGGCUUUAGGACGUUCCCGGACUUCCUGCAACUGCCGGGCAACAAGCCGACGAGCGUAGACAACCCCGAGUACCACCUCGUUAGCAACGAACCCACCACGCCGGUGACGCCGUCGUCGGCACAACCUCUGGGCAUCCCCAUCACCCAACCGGAGCCGGCGGGACCCUCGGGGUCCUCAGGGUCCUCAGUGCCCGUGGGCGGCGUCGCGUCCGCCGCGGGUAACGGUGUCGCGGGCGUCGGCGGCCAGGUGUUCCUGGGCCACGCGCCGCGGUCCUCGGAAGAAGAGUCAGACCACGAAUACUACAAUGACCUGGACCGCCUUCAGAGGGAGCUGCAACCCCUGAAACCCCUUAGAAGAAACGAGACCACAGUGUGACAAUAAUGUGGUGUGGUGUGUGUGAGAAGGACUCGUUCUGAGAUGAGCGUCUAGCGCCACCCCGCCCCGUUUUAGGUCUCACUCAUUUAUUUGUUGUUGUUCUUUGUUGUCAUUGUCGUGUUCGUGUCUUGCGUUAAACUGCAAUUGUUAUUUUUUAAAUCUUUCCUCUUUCGGAUGAGCACAGCUUUCCUACCUCACUCUUUUUCCCACUCUCCCACGUUUUCUCCCGAUUCCUUUGUUUCUCGUGGUUCUGAUUGUCAAUACAAUCAGCACUGAGUGCCAUAGCGCCGUCGCGCCUUCCCCCCCCCCUCUCCCCUUUUCACCCUCUCCCCCGUGCUCACUCCUCUUCUCUUUUUUUCCCCUCUUGUGGGCUGACAAAGCUUGGUCAGUCUAACAGAGACACAGUUUCGUAUCCAAGUGUGAUGAAACUUUUACUGAUAGUUUUAUGUUUCCCUGUGAUGCUCAAUGUGAUUUCAAACUUGUACUAUAUCUGUUUCAUAUCUUAUUUAUGAAAAAAUUGAGAUCACAGUGCUUUAGACUUUUUUAACUGCUGGCCGCCUUUGUACCAUCAGCCAUUUAUCAUAGUCAGUUCCAGAUCGUGAAUUGUUCAUCCCAUUUGGCCAAUAAUGUUGUGUAGAAAAGAGCACUUCUACCAAUUAGUCACAGCUUGCUUUGCAUCAUUAAUUUUUAAACUUACCAACAUGCAAGUCUGACCUGCCAAAAAAAAAAAAACUUUAGAAGUUUUCUUAGGUCAAAUGUAUGCUCAAUUGUCAUGCAAUCAGCAUACUACAUAACAAAUUGUAUUGAACUUGUCACAUUGUUAUACUCAUUGCCUAACUCUUUGUGAUCUGAUCUCUAACGUACUUUCUCUCUAUUAUGCAUAUUUAUGACUAUGAAAUUUGUGUCUUUAUCAUAAAUUUUACUGUGCCAUGUUAUAUCUCUGGCAUCAAAAUUAAUCAUAAUCUAUUGCACAUAACAAAAAUUACGUACUCAUUUACACAAAUGAAUUUUGUUUGUACUAGAAUUUUCCUAGACCUAUUUGCCAUAUUGUGACUGAGGUACAACGGUUUUAAUUCUAUGAGAUUAAUGAAUCCUGCUCAUGUAUAGAAUCAUGCUUUAACAAAUUUGUCUUGCAUGCAUUUUAUGGCUGUAUGGAUCUUUAGGGCAGCAGAGUGUUUUUAUGUGAAAUAUGUACUAUGUUGAAUGUAAAUUAUGUAAAUGAAAUUUUAUCUGAAAAGAGUCUUAAAAUUUAUAUGAAUGUUAACAAACUUAGAACAUUUGAAUGUGAGAAGUUGUAUGCAUACCCAUUACAAAGAAAUGUUCUUUGCUUUUGUACUAUACUCAAGAAUCAAAUUCUGGGAUUAUUGUUGCAAAGCCGUAACAAAGCAAAGGAUAGUUCUUUGGAUAUACCAAAUACAUAUGUACACUUGACUGUAUGGGAUUGAAUCAAAACUGUGUAUAACUGGCUCAUUCAAGUGUGAUUUAAGUGUCUUGUCUGUGAUAUUAGUCUUAAGGUUUAAUUGUCACCAACAUCCCAGUGUGUCCCUAAAGAUGAAACUUUAUGAGUGGAAAUUUUGAAGUCAUUGUUAUUGAUUUUUGUUUUCAAUGUCAGCUUUAAAUUUUUUAUGUAUCUGAAUGGCACUUACACUUUUGCUUCAAAUGAUUGUGUUGUGUUGUGAAAUAUUAAAAUCGCUUUUCAAAAUUUUGAGUUUAAUUCCAGCAUUGGUACUAAAAUUACUUUAUUUUUAUGAGUGCCAUUUGUAGUCAGGGUAAAAGUUGGUCCUUAAAAUUACCUACCGAAAUUGUACAUUUCAGUUGUAUAUUCAAAGAGUAAAAACCUAUUGUUGAAAUUUUAACUUUUCAGUCUUCUAUAUGAACAAAGUGACAGAAUGUAAUUUAAAGAACAUGAAGAGCUUUAUUUAUAUAACCAUGAAAUUUAUGAUGAAGACCCACCACUCUGUUCAUAUGUUAAGACUCAACACCGAUAACUGUUUUGGUGUGAAACACCGUACUGGUCUAUUUUUACUGUAAUAAAGAAUUUAUAUGAAAAGAA